AUGCGAUCCGUGAAAGGAUCAACAUCAGACGGCUUGUGCCGUUUCGUCAAGUCUAAUGGACGAUAUACUUGCAUCGCAUUGCGUCAAGAACCACCUCUGAAGUUGAAUGGAGGAUCAAGUGGAUGCUGGUUCACACCGGACUCCAUACUUAAAGCUAAUAGCCAGGUCAUUAUGUGUGCCGAUAUCUUCUUUGUCGAUAGCAUCCCGUUCUUAUUGGCCGUAUCGCGGAAUCUACGUCACGUGUUCGUUGACGUUCUGCAAUCUCGCGCUAUGAUGAACCAGGUUCUCCCUCUAAUUAAGAAGUGUUUCAACAAAUAUGGGCUCCAGGGCUUCACUGUCCGCACUCUGCACGCUGAUCCCGAGUUUGAGCCACUACGUGACGAAUUAGCCAAGCCUGAACACGGUUCUGUGGACGUACAUAUAUGUGCUCCGGGAGCACAUGUUCCCAAAGCCGAACGGAACAUUCGCACUGUUAAGGUGCGUGAUCGCGCCACGGUUGCAAGUCUUCCCUUCCAAUAUUAUCCAAGGGCGCUAAAAAUAGCUAUCGUUAAGGAAUCUGCCAGAUACAUAAACAUUCUCCCUCACGCUGAUAGCGUGUCGGAGGUUUUUAGUCCCUUUGCUCUACUUGAGGGCCAGCACACGAACUACGAGAAGCACUGUAAGCUUCGCGUGGAGACGUACUGCGAAGUCCACGACGAGCCUGAUCCCACGAACACAGAGACCGUCCGUACGACCUCAGGGAUUGCUCUUACCCCUGCCCCGAAUUUCGAUGGUACCUGGGAGUUCCUCUCCCUCCAAACCGGUCGCACCGUCGUCCGUCGUGCAUGGACUGUCCUUCCAAACACCACGGACAUUAUCCGUCGUGUCCACGAGCUUAGCAAUUCCGACGCAGAUGCAGAUCCGGGUGCUUUCCUCCAUGAGUGGCGGCCGAACGUUCCCAUCCUCGAUUUGGAUGAUGACCAGGUUGACGUCGCGUUGCUCCCUCCCCCUGGAGGAGCGGUCCCCCAAAACGACGACCAAGACGAUUCGUCCGCCUCUUCCGACGACGACCAAGCCGAUUCGUCCGAAGACAGCAGAGCUGGUGACGACAGUGAGGAUGAUGAUGACAGUGAGGAUGACAAUGAUUAUAACAGUGGUGAUGAUGACGACGACGAUGAUGAUGACGGCAGCGACGCCCUAGAACAACAAAAUAAUAGUAACGAAGGUGCUCAAGAAGAGCACUCAGAAGAACAGCAUGAAAAUGAGACUGCGAUUUUGGUGGCGGAUUUGGAGGACGCAAACGACCCUAACGAGUCAACACAGCUACUGCAGGCCCCAUUGACAUCGUUGCGUAACGAUAACGAUACCGACGAGAACAACACCGAAGCUACCGUCACAGAGCGCAUGCAACGCGCAAUCAACCGCGCCGCCGCCAUAGAGCGCAUGAACAAUCGUUUUAAUCAAACAGGGCGGUACGUAGAAGCCCUCGAGGAGUCUCCCCGAUCCCCUGAAGAAGUAGGAGCGCAAGACUCUGAAAAAGCAGGAGCGGAUGAAGUUGAACCAAGUAAAGAAACAGGAGCGCGAUAUCUAGAAGAUGAACCAAGUGAAGAAACAGGAGCGCAGUAUCCAGAAGAAGAGGUCACAUUCAUUCCUCCAGAAGAGCAACCCCUGUUCUAUGAUGAAACGGAGGGACAAUUAGAAAAUGAUAGCCUUAACAUUAGCGACUCAUCAUCUUUAGUGUAUGAGCGCGAUGACGUUGCGCUAGCACACGUGGCCAAAGAACGACAGUUACUGUGCAGUGUCCCACGACGAAUCGGACGCUUUGCACUAGCAAAAUUCCUAGAGAAUGCGUAUCGCGACGACAGGAAGUACUGGUGGCGUUAUGUGCCGGAGAAACUACAAAACACAGCAGACGUGCACCGUUAUAUGCACCUAAUGUUAGGCAACCAAACAUUCAACGUGCUCCUAAACCAGAUGACAGCAAAAUCAGGAAUCAAGAAGCAUGGUGAGCUGGCAAUUGCUGCACUAGUUAAAGAGCUUUCGCACAAUCUUCAUGAAAAGGACGUCAUUGAAGGAAGAAUGUUUAAUGAAUUGACGCAAGAACAGAGAGAAAAGGCCCUACGGGCAAUAGCAUUAAUUAAAGAAAAGCGUGACGGUCGACUAAAGGGUAGAGUAGUAGCGGACGGUCGCCCCCAGCGGGAAUGGACGGAUCCUGACUCCGUGUAUUCGCCGACUGUCUCCUGCGAAGGGAUGAUACUGUCGCUUGGCAUUGAUGCGCAUGAGAAACGUUUUGUGAGCGUUUGUGACAUCGACGGGGCGUACUUACACGCAUUCAUGGACGAGUUCGUACUUAUGGUUUUCGAAGGAGACCUAGCGGACAUGCUUGUGAAGGCAUGUCCAAUGUACGCGAAAUAUCUCCACGUGACCAAAAGCGGCAAGAAACUCCUCUACGUGCGUUUGAAACGCGCGCUGUACGGGUGCAUUAAAUCUGCCAUGUUGUGGUGGCUCAUGUUGUCGGAGUUUCUCAUCAAAGAUGGAUUCGAAUUGAACCCUUACGAUUCUUGUGUGGCGAACAAGACGCUCUCCUGCAGAACCCAAAUCACUAUUUGCUGGUACGUGGACGACUUAAAGAUUUCGUCGAAGAAUGAACAAGCGGUACACGACAUUAUUAAAAAACUAGAAGAUCGUUUCGGAGAAAUGCGUAAAAGCUUCGGAAAGAAACACACCUAUUUAGGAAUGGAAGUGGAGUUCUGCGAUGAUGGUUCCGUGCGACUUAGAAGCGAACUUAUCGAAAAAAAAAACGUGCAGCCUGCACGCGGAUUUGCAGCAUGCAGAAUCCACUUCCGGGUACCCCUACAGGCUGCAUGCAUUUUGCCGCGAGCUGCAGGAAUCUGCAUCCAUCCUGCAUUUUGA